AUGGCUUACGCCCCGCGGAGGGACUUUGACAAGGGAGGUGGCAGAGGGGGGGAGGAAGGAGGUUAUGAUGUCUUCAUGAAGGCCAAGGGCAGGCGGCCCGUGACCGACUAUGGCGCGACUGUCACCCACUGGAUGCGCCACCGCCUGCCCAAGUACAAGGGGUCCUACCGAGGCGAGUUUGAGCGCCCAAGCCCUAGCUACUUGGUAGAUAUGCUCCCGCCAGCCGCCAGACCCACCAACGCGGCAGACUCCAUACCAGGUCGCUGGGUCCAUCAGUCUCUCAACAAGGUUAAGCACCCCGUGAAUGUCGUCCGAUGGACACCAGAGGGCCGCCGUCUCUUGACGGCCUCGAGCAGUGGAGAGUUCACGCUGUGGAAUGGCACCGCCUUCAAUUUCGAGACCAUCAUGCAGGCCCACGACUCCGCCAUCCGCGCCCUCGAGUACUCGCACAGCGACGACUGGCUGGUCUCGGCUGAUCACGAUGGUGUCAUCAAGUACUGGCAACCCAAUUUCAACAACGUCGAGAGCAUCCGCGGCCACCAUGACGCUAUCAGGGAUCUUGCCAUGGCGCCCACCGACACCAAGUUCGUCACUGCUUCAGAUGAUUCGACCCUGAAGAUUUUCGAUUUUGCUGCUGGCCGUGAGGAUACGACUCUGACAGGCCACGGAUGGGACGCCAAGACUUGCGACUGGCAUCCUAACAAGGGCCUCGUUGUUUCCGGCUCCAAAGACCAUCUGGUCAAGCUCUGGGAUCCGCGAAAUGGCCGUUGCCUGACGACUCUGCAUGGCCACAAGAACACAGUUACCAAGGUCAUGUUCGAACGUGUCAUCGGUUUGUGCCUGGCGACUGCGGGCCGGGAUCAGACUGCCCGUAUCUUUGACUUGCGAAUGAUGCGGGAUAUCUGCUUGAUCCGGGGACACGACAAGGAUGUGUCUACGCUCACUUGGCACCCUGUGCAUCCCAAUCUUCUCAGUACCGGCGGCGGAGAUGGUUCCCUUUUCCAUUACCUUCUGGAUGAGCCAAAUACUCCAGAGGGAACAUCUUCUUCUGUUGCGGUCUACGACGCUCCUGACAAGGAGACUGCACCUGCUCAGACAAUUUACCCGGCCCACAAGGUUCCGUUCGCACAUGACAUGGCCAUCUGGUCACUGGACUGGCACCCGCUGGGUCACAUCCUGGCAUCGGGAUCCAACGACCGCCUCACACGGUUCUGGACGCGCGCGAGACCUGGCGAUAUCGAUUACCUGAAAGAUCAAUAUCAUGUUGGUGAAGCGGCGGCUAUGGCGCACGGGACAUUUGUUGGAUCAAAGAACCGGAGGCAGAGGCAGGAGGAAGAAGCUCAAGAGGCCGAGGACGAGAUGGAUGGGCUGGAGGACCAGAAGAUGCCCCUCAAAUCAGCGUCCGCCUUCCCUGGCAUCGGGAUUCCCGGCCUGCCAUUACCUGGCGAUGGGUCUUACGUCCCCCCUCCGCCUCCCAUCCCUGGUGUUGGUGGUGCGCAGCCACCAAACCUCCCAUUCCCACCACCUCCUCCUGGCCUGAAUGGCGCCCCUCCACCGUUACUCCCCGGCAUGGACCCGAAUAACCCACCCGAUCUCGCACAGAUUGCUGAGAUGAUGAGGAAGGCUGGGAUUCCUUUGCCGCCUCCCCCGGGUAGUGGAAUGGCCCCUCCACCACCUGGCAUGCUGCCUCCAGGUUUUCUCCCUCCUCCACCCAACUCGCAACUUCCACCUGGUUUCAUCCCUCCACCAAUCCCCGGCAUGGGUGGCUCUGGCAUGGAGCGAGACUCAGGCCCCGGAUCUGACUCCGGGAACGGUUCGGUUAGGAGACGGGCACCGUUGCCGAGUCAGGAGGAGAGCCUGAAGAUGGAGCAAAAGAGAGGGAACUAUACUCGUGCACACUGA